AUGAUGAGAAGGUCGCUCGUCAGCAAUGCCGGCCAGAACGAGAGCAGCGGCACCGUGUUGUUGCAACCAGCGAGCAUCAUGGCUAGGAAGCGGUCGACCGCUCAGGUUUUCUUGGGUGCCCUCUGCUUGCUCGCCUUCAUCCCCUUGGUGUACAAACUGCCGGUUUCCAUGCCCUCCCCCCACCUUCCCAGGGGGGUCUCGGACCCCCUUCCACUGAAUACCCCAAGCCCCCCAAAGGUCAACCGCCAAUCCAGGAGGAUCGCCAGCCCCCUGAAAAGUAGUAACUUCUUUGGGGGGGUGAUCGACGAGGGUGUCCAGGCGGCCGUCCACAAUUCAGAGGAAAGGGCAAAACUGGGGCUGGUACAGCCAACGCAACUAGGGGGGGGAGAUGCUCUCCAGGAUGAGCAGGGGCCGCACAGAAAGUUGCUUGACGGUUUGGGGGCCUCCGACGAGCGGUGGGGGGGAAAUUGGCGCAGUUUCUUCCCGGGGGGCCAGCAGGAGAUGUUCCAGUGCGACCGCUCGUCCCCCCUGACAGACGUGUGCGUUCUGAAGGGGGACAUCAGAGUCAACCUGACGUCGGGCGAGAUAGUGCUCUACUCCAGGAGUCCGGCAACCCCCCUAGGAGAGGAAGUCAUCCGACCGCACCCCCGGAAGUGGCAGUGGGACAUGAUUGCAAGUAGCGUGACAGAGUUCACGAUCAAGUCGGUCGCCGCCGGGGGGGCGGAGCGAAUGCCGUGCCUAAAGCGGAACACGGCGCCUGGGGUGCUCUUCUCCGUUGGAGCGUUCUGCGGUGGUGUUUUUCACGACUUCAAUGAGGUUUACCUACCGCUCUUUGAGACGACACACACGACAGGGGGUGAUGUCGUCAUGCUCGUGUCAGACUUGAAAGGCGAGUGGUGGUGGCACGACGCGCCGCGGCGCAGCUUCGUCGGCGCGAUGACUCGCCACCCGAUCAAGAUCAUUGGCCGGAACUUCGACACGGACAACUACGUCCAGGGGGUGGAGUGCUUUGACCAGCUCACGGUGGGGCUUUACCAGCACACGUGCAUGUACGACGAGUUCGGGGGGGCGGAGAGCCGCUGGAAAGCCAGAUCGGACGUGAAAGAGUUCGCGCCGUACGUCCGAAAGGGGCUGAAAAUUCCGGACCCGGGGGGAGUGCCGGCGCGGGUGUUCGUUCCCGAGGGGGGGGUUCCGGUGGUCGGCAUCGCGCAGCGCCUCAGCUCGCGCAAGCUCAAGAACUUCAUCGACAUUCUGAAGAUUGCGAAAGCGGACGGAUUCAAAGUCGUCCCGAUCUACUUCGAGCACUACUCCCCGGAGGAGGCGGUCAAAAUCAUGGCGUCGCUCGACGUGUUUGUUGCGGUGCACGGGGCGGGGUUGAGCAACAUUUGCCUGAUGCGGCCGGGGGGGGUGGUAUUGCAAAUCAUGCCGUACGGGGAGGGGGGGAAGCGGAAUGUCAUCGGAGCCGAGUACAAGAACUUUGCGCUCGCGAUGGAUGCAGAGUAUCUAGAGUGGAGCGUGCCGGCGCACGACAGCACGAUCAAGGACCAGUACAACCAGACCGACAAGAUUGUCACCUCGCCCGAGCUGAUCUGGAAGUUCCGGGGCAAGGAUGCGAUGAACAUCUACCACAAGCAGGACGUCACGAUGCCGGAGGACAUGUUCCGGGCGUAUCUGCACCAGAUCCGGCGCACGCUGAGCCUGCGCGCCAGGAUCGCUCAGGAGUCAUAGCUCAUACAGCCACCGUUGUGCGCGAUUACAUCCAGCGCGACCCGCUUAGAUCGGGUCUUACGUAGAAGUUUCUGCCCAGCACGCCUGCCCAGCGGAGACAGCGCCGAUUUACACCAGGGUUUGCAUUAAGCGGGUUUACGGGGCUCGCCCCCCAGCCGAACGGGCCGGAAUGAGGCGGGGCCAUAAG